CCACUGAUGUAAUUUAACAUAUUUUGAAACAGUGUAGUGUCUCUCCUUUGAUUGUUCUUCUUCAAUGGCGAUUCCAAGGUUUAGCUCUCUGUUACGGUGUAGAAAAUGGGCUAAGAGUGACUGGCUUGUCGCUUCUAUCGGAUUCGUAUUGAUUGUUUUUUUCCUCUCUUUCUUCAUCGAUCCCACUUCAGACUCUGUCCCCUCCGUUGACCGAUCUCGGCCAAUCAUAUUCCCUAGCGAUCUGGUCAAACUGAAGUUGUCGAGUAUAGCUAAAGAGAGAGGAGCUUUUUGUUUGGAUGGAAGCUUGCCUGGGUACCAUUUUCAUGAGGGUUCUGGAUCUGGCUCCCAAAGCUGGCUUGUUCAUUUGGAGGGUGGAGGCUGGUGCAACACAGUUGCGUCAUGUUCUGCUCGAGCAUUGACUAAAUUAGGUUCUUCCAACUACUUUGAACAAGAAGUGGCCUUUCAAGGUGUUUUAAGCAGUGACCCAUCUCAAAAUCCUGAAUUCUUUAACUGGAACAAGGUUGCGAUAAGGUACUGUGAUGGUGCUUCUUUUGCUGGACACCCUGAAGCUGAAUUCAAGAAUGAAACCCGGCUUUUCUUCCGGGGUCAGCUCAUUUGGGAAGCUAUUAUUGAUGAACUGUUGUCGAUGGGCAUGUCAGAUGCGAAACAGGCCAUACUUACAGGAUGUUCUGCUGGUGGCUUGGCAAGUCUUAUACAUUGUGACUACUUUCGAGAUCAUCUUCCAAAAGAUGCAGCUGUCAAAUGUGUUUCUGAUGGAGGCUACUUUCUCAACGUGCCAGAUGUCCUUGGAAACCCAACAAUGAGGUCUUUCUAUCAUGAUGUUGCUAAUUUGCAGGGUGUAGAUAAGAGCUUGGAUCAGAAAUGUGAAGCCAAAACAAAGCCAUCUAAGUGUAUGUUUCCUCAAGAAUUCCUGAAAAACAUAAGAACUCCAGUAUUUCUUGUGAACCCAGCCUACGAUUUUUGGCAGAUUCAAAAUGUCUUGGUACCAACUUCUGCGGAUCCAGAUAAAAGUUGGGCAAAGUGCAGACUCAAUAUUAAGGAAUGUGAUGCCGCACAGAUGAAAGUUCUACACGGUUUUCGCAGUUCUAUGAUGGAUGCGAUUGGGGAAUUUCAUCAGAGCAAAGAUGGUGGCAUGUUCAUAGAUUCCUGCUAUGCUCAUUGCCAGACAGUCAUGUCAGUGACAUGGCACUCCCCAACCUCACCAAGAAUCGAAAAUAAGACGAUCGCAGAAUCUGUAGGUGACUGGUACUUCAACCGAAAACCGGUGAAGCUAAUUGAUUGUCCUUACCCAUGCAAUCCUUCUUGUUACAACAUGAAUUUCACCUGAAGUUGCCUUAUACUCUCAUUUUACCAAUCCCUCUGCUUGUGGACUUUUUCGAUUCUCCAGAAGCUUAUUCAUCCAGGGAGCAGUCGUUUCCUCAAAAUCCUCAAUCCAGGUGAGUCCUAAAAGGUUUGCACGUUCUUGAAGCUGAAGAUAAACCAGAGAAAGUCACAUAUACACUAUGUUACCUAGUGUAGUUGAUCACAUAGAGACUUUAUUACAAAAGCAACAUGCAGUAAUUAACAAUCUUCAUGUUACUGUCGUCUCCAAUUGUUGAUUGAUUAUACUCAUAUUGCCCACUUGGGAGUCACAUAUGUAUAUGCUGAUGAUUGUAACGUAUUUAGAGGAUUUCUUAGUUUUUAUGUGGAAAGAAGUUCCGAAGUUAUGAAA